AUGGCUAAGGGCGGCAAACCUCCUCAGCAUUCUUUUCAGUCUCCCAUGGAAGAUCAUAGUAGUCCCUAUUUUCUUCACAAUGGUGAUCAUCCAAGUCUCUCUCUGGUUUCUCUUUCACUUGCUGGAUCUGGUUCAAACUAUCAUUCUUGGCGCCGAUCAAUGGUUACAACUCUAAAUGCUAAGAAGAAACUUGGGUUUAUCGAUGGAACCAUCUCACGUCCUGCUGCAACAGAUCUCCUUGCUGGUCCUUGGUCUCGCUGCAACAGCAUGGUCAUAUCUUGGCUCUCUAACUCGAUUUGCAAAGAAAUUGCAGAGAGCAUCCUCUAUCAUGAAACAACCAUCGAAAUAUGGAAUGAUCUAUACGAACGAUUUCAUCAGGGCAGUGGUCCUCGAAUUUUUGAACUCAAGCAAAAAAUUCUUGCUCACACUCAGGGAUCGGCUGAUGUCAAUACCUACUAUACUCGACUGAAAUCCUUGUGGGAUGAGCUUCGAGAAUUCAAGGCGAUACCAGUUUGCAAUUGCGGUGGCAUGCGUGUUUAUAUGGAGGAUCAAUAA